CCUAUACCUCUGCAUCACUGCAUGUGAGGUAAUUUCAUAACGGCACUUCCACCUCACCUCACCUCAACGCACACACACAUCCUCGCUACAACAUGAUCGUCGGUAUCGGGACAGACCUCCUCCACAUCCCCCGCAUCAAAGCUCUCAUCGCAAAACGAGGCGCACCCACGCUCGCACGCCGCAUCCUCUCCCCUCGAGAGCUGACCGAGUUCAAAGCUCUCAUCCGUGGGAAACUAGACAAGGCUGAAGCCCAGCAGGCCGAGAAGAACGGGAACAAGGAAAACGUGGAGAGGACGAGUUUCAGGACGGUGUUGAAGGGCCUGAAUAGGAAUAUCGAGAAUGACGCGGUGACCAGGUUUCUGGCCAGUCGUUGGGCAGCAAAGGAAGCGGCCUACAAAGCCCUCUAUCCGCUCUACGUCACCCCAUCAUCACCAUCAUCAUCACAACCUUCAUCUGCCUCUUCAGCAUCACCAUCCUCAUCUUCCUACACUUCCAACUCUUCUCUCAAACCAUUCGACGUCCUCCCCACCCGGACCCCUUCAUCACCAUCUACAACCUCCUCAUCAUCGGCCUCAAGAACCCCAACCCCAGGGACUUCCGACCCCUCCACCCCCCUCACUCCGAACCUCAACUGGAAAUCCGUCGACCUCCACUACAUAAACUCCAAACCCCACUUGCGGUACACGUACGGUUAUGGACAGCGUAACGACCUCGAGCGUGAUAGCCACGAGAGGAAGAUCCGGAUGCCGAGGUUGUUCGUAAGCUUGAGCCAUGAUGGGGAUUAUGUCAGUGCGGUCGUCAUCGCCGAGGAGGAAGGUGGGGGGAGUGGGAGCGGCGGGAGUGGAAAGAGCGGGAGCGGGAGUGGGAAGGCGGAGAAGGGUGGGGUCGUCGUCACGGAGUACCGAUAGAGUUCGUCGCAAGGGUGAGAUCGCAUAUUGCAGGGCUGAUGCGGUGUGAGGCAGCACGAGAUAGAUUUCGGGGAACGCGUGUUGUUGUGGGUGUUAGAUACAUUCUGUUUUACGACGAUGGACAUUCAGUAUUAUAUGUAUAAAUCGCGCAUCGCGCGGUACU